UCACUAGCCGACAAGGUGUUAAACAGUGGCGAAGUACUUCUGGGAGUACACAGUAGUCUGUUUUCUUACGUUUGUCUGUGUUAAAUGCGUCUCACGAGUAACUCCAUAAUGUAAAAUAACUAGCUAACGUUAGCGUAGCGACGGGAAGACGACGGAGAGACGACACCGAGGGUCGGUUACUGUUUUAACCCAUGCUCGUACAUCUCACCGCCCCUCUGUUAUGGACGUUAACCAGAGAAAGUUUGUGUUUUGGGGAUAAUGAAAGGUCGUGUCUUUGUCAGUCGGCUCUGGAGCUAGAGAGGACCAACGGGAAGCUAUGACGGCUAUCUAAAUGCGGGUCAUUUCACACUUGUCAUCAUGCCGAGCCAAGCGACGUCCCCGCGGGUGACUGUGGCUGUGCUGGCCGCGCUGUGGGUCAGUGUGGGUCGGUGCGGUGAAUCCGAGCCUCCGGGACCUGGAUGCGACUAUGGAAAGGUCUCUUUGGACAUGGAUGUGCCUGCAGGUGCUGUCUAUUGGGAUUGUGCAUCAUCGAUCUGGCCAGAGUCUACUCAGAGGCAUCCUAGUGUUGACACUGUGUAUGAUCCUGAGCCAGCAAGGCAGAUUUGUAUGGAUAAACCUAUCUCCUACAAUCACACCAUUCCCAACAGUGGAGCGUACAGACCAGUAAGGGCAGAGAGUGGAGAGUACUUGUACUGUCCUCCUCAACGGUGGCUCAACAACUUGCAUCAUGGAGCUACUGCUUUGCUCUACCAUCCUUGUGCACCGCUUCACGAGCGUCACCGUCUGUCUGUCCUGGCCCGGUCCUGUCUGUCUGACUACAUCAUUACCCCUCAUCUACAGCUCAAUAAACACAUGCCACUAGCCUUGGUGUCCUGGGGCCGUACUUUGGAGCUGUCCACCGUGGCCUCUGUAGACAUCUGUGAUUGGCUGGAAACCACACAAACCAGAAGAGAUAAGUUUGACGGUGUGAGCGAGAGCAGGGACUACAACCUGCUGUUGAUGUGGUCAGCAGGGCAGGAGCAACCAAAAAAAAUGAAGGAGUCCUCGAGGCAGUGCUGUGAGCAAAUCAUCUCAUCUCUGCUGACUGGAGCCACAGUUGCAGAUCUGGAGCCCACCAUGAAGACGGAGCGCUUGAAACAGUUUGAAGAGGGAGGCAAAAGCAGGCAGAUAAGAGCUGCCCUCAAGAAUGACAAUGAGAGACGUACCACAACAGCAAAUGUCUCCCAGAGGACAGGGGAUGUCCAGAACUAUAGCACCACGCUUGGACCAUCAGCAGAUUCUCUUCCAGGGAAAAGAAUUCACUCAGAUCCUUCUAAUGCACAGGAAGAUCCACAGUCUAAGAUGGAAAAUCUAAGUCAGAGUCCUACCCACAGGCCCACAGCACCUUUGGGGUCAGUUAUAUCUAAAACUACACUUAGAACUCAUUCAUUAAGAACUCCUCAGUCUCAGAAAGGCAGAGUGACACUGCAGACAGCAGCCCUCCAGCCUAGUCCUAAACCAACCAAACUCAGAAACCCAGACCUCUCUGCUGGGAAAAAUGUGCUCGCAGAUAGUGUGAACAGUGCGCAGAACCCUACUGCCAGGCCUGAAGCUGAGACUCUCAGAUCCAAAGAUGAAGGUACAGACUCAAUCAAACACAAAGAUAAAGACUUUGAUGAACACAGCCUGAAAGUGAAUGACUCUAAGGAGAAAAAGUUUGAUAAGGACUACACAGCAGAAGGCAAGAUGAAGGAUAAUGAAGUAGUAGAUGUGAAAGAAAGAGAGGUGGAGACUAAAGAAAUACACAGGGACAGACACUCUCACCGCAAAAGCGAAAACACUGGCUUUGAUUCUGUUGCUGAAUCCCAAUCAGAGUCUCAGUCGCAACAAAACCCACAACCAGCACACGACAGCCAGCCUGACAGCCUGGACUGUGACAGCUGCAAAGCAGGUGAGCAGUGUGACUGUAGAAAGGCCUCAGGAGCCGAGGCCCGAGCUGCUGUCGUAAAUAAAGGGUUGCCGAAGACCCCGAGGACAGAUGAGGCGGUGUGGGCAGCAGCAGCGCUGGGCUUCCUGCUGGUUCUCCUGACACUGUCAGUGCUUCACACUCGCCUGUACCGCCACUGGAGAACUACACCCAGUCUGUACUGGCAUGACCCACGGCAGGACUACGACAGCGUGGCAGAUGUGAUCCGCAGGAGGUUGCGAAUUGCACAGAGAAGGCGAAAAAGGGGCAGAAGGCAGGAGUGUGUUCUCCUGCCGAGCUCCUCCAGCUCAGAUGAACAUGCAUAGAGCAAUAAAGGGAACGUUCCCAAGAAUGUCAAGACUGAGCUCAAGUCGUGUGCAUGUCGAGGAGGUGAGGACUGGACCCAGAGGAGAAGGAUCUGUUGCUUUUGUUGGACCCGUCUUUAACCUGCAGUAUGCUGUUCAUCUGACGGAGCUGGACUGAAUCACACUGAUCCCAGCAGAAGAGGUGUUGUUAUAUAACUGGAUAGUUUAGGGUGAAAUACCACAUGAUGUCGCACCUAAAAGGUCUGUCGGUUCCAAAACAUUUUCACACAAAGUAAUUUCACAGGAUUUCUCUCAUUGGAUGCAUUUUGAUUUAGAUAGGGACCACUUUUAAAUGGACCAAGAAAAAGUUUUCUGACCAUCCAAACUGAGUGCUGCAUUAGCGCAGCUAUUUGCUUAGUCUUAAAGCUUUAAAUUUAGUAUUUUGUUUUUAUAGGUAGUUUUAUAGUAAUUUUGUGUUGCUUUUAUCUGUAAAGGUUUUUAUGUAAAAAGGUAAGUUGCUGUUGUAAGCAACGCUUUGUGUGGUUUUGGAGACAUACGAACAUGCUGCAUUUUGAACAUUAGAGAAUUUCCCCAAGUGUAAAAUCAAGUUGAGUACUGUUUUAAAAUGUUGCAUCUGAACAGUUGAUUCAUUUUACUGUAACUAGAAGCUUUACCAUGACUCAAAUUUCAGCUGUGGUCCUGCAUUUAUAAAGCUGAUACCAAUAAUCAUGCUUGGGAAUUGUGAAAACCUAAAAUCAGAUUAUAACCUUCUUAGAUAACAAACAUUUUUGAAAAGGAUAGCUUAUAUCUGUUUAUUUUUUAAAAACCGUGGAAGAGAUAUGCACUGAUCAGGACUUUUUGCAAUGAUUUGUGCUGUUUGACUUUGCUGAAAAAUCAUUUACUUAGACCUGAUCCAUACUGCCAUGCUGGAACACAGUGAAAAGCUGAUAGAGAGGAAGGAGAUUUCAGCAUUUCUGCAGUCAAUUUUUUAUGACUCGGUACACCAAUAUGAUAUGAUUUAUUCAUUUAUCUCAGAACUUGAGGAAAACCCAAGAAAUGACCACAUCUGAAAGAUGGUACUAUUUGUUUAAAGCUUGAUGUGUAAUACGGUUUGUUAUUAUAUGGAUUCUAAAAGCUAUGAGGGAUUGAAGUGGCUAUAUUGUUAUGAUGAUGAACUUCAGUAUGAAGUUGUCUGGA